AUGACCAUGAUGAAUCCAUUGAAGCGCAAGGCCGAAAAAGACUCAUCACCGUCGAAACCAAAGAAGCCAAAGACUGAGCUUCCAGCAUAUCAUCUCACGCCAUCCCGGCAGGACGACUCUGGUGAAGCUGUUUGGCCGGCUCGGAAAGAGCAGAUUGAUCGAGCGCGGCAAAUUAUCGGAGAAUGCGCCGAAGCCCAAAAGCCGACUGUAAUACUACCAGACAAAGAUGCAGACGGUCUCUCAUCUGGUGCCAUACUUCAGCAUACUCUCAUCUCGCUAGGUCUAUCGCCUGAUUUGAUCUCUGUCUACUUCCCACCCAAGGGUUUCAAUGUCCACGAUAAAAGCACAAAGGAAGCCUUGACUGCCAGAGCACCAUCCUACAUAUUUGUGUUAGACCAAGGAAGCAGGAGAAGCCCUCCUCUCAUAGACUCAGCACACACCUGCCUUGUCAUAGAUCACCACUUUGCAGAAGAGGGUGGUUUCCCAGAGGGUAGCGCCUACGUUACAGCUCAUGACUGCCCACCUGUUGCAACAAGUGCACUUUUGACAUACAACAUCUGUCUUCCACUGCAUCCAGAUCUCAGCGACAAGAUUUCUUGGCUUGCUGCACUGGGUACACAUGGUGAUUUGGGAACGACUAUCAAAUGGGAACCGCCAUUCCCAGACAUGGCCGCAAUGUUCAAGCACCAUACCAAAAAAGCCAUCAACGAUGCUGUAACGCUUGUGAACGCGCCGCGAAGAUCAGCAGCUUAUAACGUCGAGGAUGCAUGGGCUGCUGUGAUGUCCGCAGAUGGCCCUAAAGCAAUACCCGAGAACAAAAAGCUUCACGAGGCUUCUUCCGAGAUCCGGCGCGAGACAGAGCGCUGGACGCAUACAGCGCCCAAGUUCUCCGCUGACGCCACUAUCGCGGUCUUGAUUAUAUCUUCAGCUGCUCAAAUUCAUCCCCUUAUCGCAACGCGUUGGUCGGGUACACUAAAAUCCAACAAACUCGAGAUAGUAAUGUGCGCAAACGAAGGCUAUUUCCCCGACAAAGUCAAUUUCUCAUGCCGCGUCGCCAAAUGCGCGCGGGCGAUAGAAAGGGGGGACAAGGUCGAUAUUAUCAAGAAGCUUGAGGGUAUCGUCGCAGGAGAUACUGAAUUGAGGACAAGAUUAGGCGAGAAUUUCGCAAGAGGUCACAAAGAGGCUAGUGGUGGCAUUGUAGGAAAACAAGAAUGGGAAGAACUGAAGAAGUUGAUGGGUGUCGGAGAGGCGACUAAGAAGAAAGCAGAAACCACUGCAAAGAAAGAGAAGUCAACACAGAAGAAUACACUGAACAACUACUUCGGAAAGAGUGAGAAAGCGCAAGCAGCAUAG